CAUCAUGAUGGAAGUGAAGGUGUAUGCUCCUGUAAGUCGCAUGACAUCGUGGAAGAAGAAGAGUGAUGAACUUCUCCUCCCACACGUGACGUAGUUCACUAUCACCACUUCCUGCUCCUCUUAUCUGGUGCAUUGUGCAACUUUUUAGUUCAGCUUGGUAAAAAAGAAAAAAAAGUAGCAAACAUUAUCAACAUGGCGGACUCCCGGGUGGACCUUAGCACGGCCCCUCUCGUCGUCCUCAACAUGAGCGUCAGGAAGAAGCUGGCACUUUACCUCAACCCCAAGAACGUGGUGGCCGCCGACUGGACGCUGGUGGCAGAGGCCAUGGGUUUCUCCUACCUGGAGAUCGUCAAUUAUCAGGGGCUCCAGAACCCCACCUUGAGACUCCUGGAGGAUUGGCAGGCGGGUCCGGCUGAGGCUACCGUGGGGAAGCUGUUGUCCAUCUUGGAGGACGUGGAGAGGAGAGACAUUGUGGAGGAUCUACGUCCUCUCAUGGAGGAAGAUGUGCGGAAGUAUCGCGAGGGGUUGAAGAAACGGGCAGAGCGCCCCCUGCAGGUUCAUGAGGUGGACAGCUGCGUACCUCGCACCCAUGAGAGGUCGGGACUCACCCUGGACGAUGACCCAGAAGGUACUCCAGAGCUGUUCGACGCCUUCAUUUGCUACUGCAGUAGCGACAUCGAGUUCGUGCACGAGAUGAUCCGCCAGUUGGAGCAGACGGACUACAAGCUGAAACUCUGCGUGUUCGACAGAAACGUCCUGCCGGGCUCAUGUGUUUGGACCAUCACCAGUGAGCUCAUUGAGAAGAGGUGCAAGCGGGUGGUGGCUGUCAUCUCAGAUGAAUACUUAGAAAGCGACGCCUGUGAUUUUCAGACCAAAUUUGCUCUCAGCCUCUCGCCCGGAGCUCGAAAUAAACGGCUCAUCCCCGUCGUUUACAAGUUAAUGUCAAAACAAUUUCCAAGAAUCCUCAGCUUCCUGACCGUUUGUGACUACACAAACCCUUGGACUCAGGCAUGGUUUUGGGAGCGGCUGGCCAAAGCUCUUUCACUGCCAUAGUUUUUCCCAAUUUAUCAGCCAAAAAAGUUGGGUAACCAUACAAUGUGUAUGUUACAUUUUUAUAAAUACUGUCCUUGUAUAUAUUUUUUAAAACUUUGUGAUUACUAAGAAGGCUAUUUUUAUAGCGUUUACAGUAUUUGAAACCUGUAAGACCACAAUAUUCUGUUUCUACACUUCCUUUUUGAUUGUCUAGUUGAAAUGAAAGCUGAAGAGGAAGUGUGUAUGCAAUAAUUUCACAUGCUCAUUUUACUGACUGCUUGUCUCCUGUCACUGUCUUUUACAUGUAAUUUUUUAUGUAUAUAUUAUGGUCCUCUUACAGCAAUUUGAUUUUAAAAAGGGUUUAUCAUAAACACAUGUGUUUAAUAUAUCAGGAAACGCCAGGAAUAAACGUUACUAUCCA